AUGGAGUGUGGAAAGAGCUUCAGUCAGAGUGGACACUUCAAUAUUCAUCAACGGACUCACACAGGGGAGAAACCAUAUAAAUGUAUGGAGUGCGGAAAGAGCUGCAAUCACAAUGUAUCCCUUAGAUGUCAUCAACAGAGUCACACAGGGGAGAAACCAUAUAAAUGUAUGGAGUGUGGAAAGAGUUUCAGCAAGAAUGGAGACCUUAGAACACAUCAACGGACUCACACAGGUGAAAAACCUUUUAAAUGUAUGGAGUGCGGAAAGAGCUUCAGUCACAAUGUAUCCCUUAGAUGUCAUCAACGGACUCACACAGGGGAAAAACCAUUUAAAUGUAUGGAGUGUGGAAAGAGCUUCAGUCGCAAUGCAUCCCUUAGAUGUCAUCAAUGGACUCACGCAGGGGAGAAACCAUAUAAAUGUAUGGAGUGUGGAAAGAGCUUCAGUUUCAAUAUAAACCUUAGAACACAUCAACGGACUCACACAGGUGAAAAACCAUUUAAAUGUAGGGAGUGCGGAAAGAGCUUCAGUCACAAUGUAUCCCUUAGACGUCAUCAACGGACUCACACAGGGGAAAAACCAUUUAAAUGUAUGGAGUGUGGAAAGAGCUUCAGUCACAAUGUAUCCCUUAGAUGUCAUCAACGGACUCACACAGGGGAAAAACCAUUUAAAUGUAUGGAGUGCGGAAAGAGCUUCAGUCACAAUGUAUCCCUUAGAUGUCAUCAACGGACUCACACAGGGGAGAAACCAUUUAAAUGUAUGGAGUGCGGAAAGAGCUUCAGUCAGAGUGGACACCUCAAUAUUCAUCUACAAACUCACACAGGGGUGAAACCAUAUAAAUGUAUGGAGUGCGGAAAGAGCUUCAGUCAGAGUGGACAGCUCAAUAUUCAUCUACAAACUCACACAGGGGAGAAACCAUUUAAAUGUAUGGAGUGCGGAAAGAGCUUUAGUGAAAAUGGAAAACUUAGAAUACAUCAACGGACUCACACAGGGGAAAAACCAUUUAAAUGUAUGGAGUGCGGAAAGAGCUUCAGUAAGAACGGAGAACUUAGAACACAUAAACGGACUCACACGGGUGAAAAACCUUUUAAAUGCAUGGAGUGCGGAAAGACCUUCAGACAGAGUGGACACCUCAAUAUUCAUCUACAAACACACACAGGGGAGAAACCAUAUAAAUGUAUGGAGUGCGGAAAGAGCUUUAGUGAAAAUGGAAAACUUAGAAUGCAUCAACGGACUCACACAGGGGAGAAACCAUUUAAAUGUAUGGAGUGCGGAAAGAGCUUUAGUGAAAAUGUAAAACUUAGAAUACAUCAACGGACUCACACAGGGGAAAAACCAUAUAAAUGUAUGGAGUGCGGAAAGAGCUUUACUGAUAAUGGAAGGCUUAGAACACAUCAACGGACUCACACAGGGGAAAAACCAUUUAAAUGUAUGGAGUGCGGAAAGAGCUUCAGUAGGAAUGGAGACCUUAGAAGACAUCAACGGACUCACACGGAUGAAAAACCUUUUAAAUGCAUGGAGUGCGGAAAGAGCUUCAGACAGAGUGGACACCUCAAUAUUCAUCUACAAACUCACACAGGGGAGAAACCAUUUAAAUGUAUGGAGUGCGGAAAGAGCUUCAGUAAGAAUGGACACCUUAGAAAACAUCAACGGACUGACACGGGUGAAAAACCUUUUAAAUGCAUGGAGUGUGGAAAGAGCUUUAAUUUCAAUGCAUCCCUUAGAACACAUCAACGGACUCACACAGGGGAGAAACCAUUUAAAUGUAUGGAGUGCGGAAAGAGCUUCAGUCAGAGUGGACAUCUAAAUAUUCAUCAACGGACUCACACUGGUGAAAAAACUUUUAAAUGCAUGGAGUGCGGAAAGAGCUUCAGUUUCAAUGGAGACCUUAGAACACAUCAACGGACUCACACAGGGGAGAAACCAUUUAAAUGUAUGGAGUGUGGAAAGAGCUUCAGUCAGAGUGGACACCUCAAUAUUCAUCUACAAACUCACACAGGGGAGAAACCAUUUAAAUGUAUGGAGUGCGGAAAGAGCUUCAGUCAGAGUGGACACCUCAAUAUUCAUCUACAAACUCACACAGGGGAGAAACCAUUUAAAGGUAUGGAGUGCGGAAAGACCUUCAGUAAGAAUGGAGACCUUAGAAGACAUCAACGGACUCACACGGGUGAAAAACCUUUUAAAUGCAUGGAGUGUGGAAAGAGCUUUAAUUUCAAUGCAUCCCUUAGAACACAUCAACGGACUCACACAGGGGAGAAAUGA